AUGUACGCUUCACCUACUAUAGACAGCAUUGACGGCAACGUGGCCAUUCGGAGGCCAGAUUACCUUUCUCGUGGCAUUAGACAGCCGUCGCAGAGUGUACAGCAGCUUGUGAAGAGUCUUGGCCUUGCCAAGCACCAGGAAGGCGGGUAUUUCAAGGAGACAGACAGAUCGCCGUUUUACAUGGAAAGCCCGUACUACCCAGGACAUAACAGGGGGACUGAAGACGAGCCUCUGAGACCGGGAAAGUCAGCAGAGCCGGUUCUGCCUCACCCAGAAGACGCGCAAAAGAAAAUUGCUCCCUACAGACACACUUCAACCUUAAUUCACUAUUUAUUGACUUGCGAUGCCUAUAUGGGAAGACUCCAUAAAAACCAUUCUCGCAUAAUUCAUAUCUUACAAAAAGGCCGUGGCCAAUACGUCUUGGUGUACCCUGACGGCACCGUAAAGUCGUUUGUUGUUGGCUUUGAUGUGGAAAAGGGAGAGGUGACUCAAUGGGUAGUCCCCGGAGAGGUGUACAAGGCCUCAUUCUUGCUGCCGUUGAAUGACGAGCCAUCCGCUGACGACCAUCUGCUGAUCAGCGAGGUUGUGGUUCCGGGCUUCGAGUUUGAUGAUCACCGGUUUAUGCAAAGCUACAAAGAGCUGGAGGCGCUGGUUGGAGACCGUGCCGAGGAGCUCAAAUGGCUGCUCGAGGCCAACUGA